UCAGUGUGUCAUUUUCCUUAACAAAAAUAUAAAAUAAAUUUUCACUUUUUAUUCAGAGAAUUCUUUAAUAUAUAAACACUAUAUUUUUUAAUUAAAAUGAAAUAAAAUUGCAACAAAUCAAAAGUAUUUGAUUUUUGUUAAAUGCUGUACAUCAUGAAACGCGAAUUGUUUGCUCGAGCAGGUAGAAGUCGCUUUCUGAUUGGGAUUGGCAUUUUUAUAAUUACUAUUGGAUUCUUGGUAAUUUUCAAUAACUCACAACAACAGUUGGAUGAAAGCCGUAUUCUAAGAUUAAGGUGCGAGCAGCAACAUGAUGCUUUAAAUGCUCGUUUACAAGCAAUAAUUGAUCACAAAUUUAGCCUAGAAAAAAACUUAGAAAAAGAACGAAAAGAGCACUUAGAAACUAAAAAAUUUUUAGAAUUGAAAGUUAAAGCUGCAAAAGAAAAUUCCGUAAAACAGACGCAAGACUCGAGUGCGCGGUUCGACUCAUUGCAACAACAUUAUAAAUUGUUACAAAGCGAGCAUAAUGACUUAGUUGAAGAUUGUGCCAAAACUAAAAAAAAUCAACUUGAGCAAAUUAAUAUGCUAGAGCGCAAAGUAAAAUCAUUGCAAAACCAAAAUCAAUUAACGAAAACUAAUAAAGAAAAAGAAAUUGAAGAAUGGAAGCUUAAAUAUCAAACAUUACAACAUGAAAAAGAACGGCUGGAUAUACUUUUGAAAACAACGCGUUCAUCUGAAAGUUGUCAAAAACAAAAUGAACAUUUUCAAACCAUCAUCAAGGAUUAUAAAGCUAAUUGCGAUUAUCAGCCUAUUGAAAAGUUAGGGCCGUCGGUGCCAGCUGUUUUACCGAUCCCGGCAGCGAUAUCUUCUCACCAGCAUAACCAUUUUAUAGCAUCAAAUGAAAAAUUUGACAAAGACACAAUUAAUAAGGUUGAAAAAUCUUUUAAGGAACAACAGAUUGUGAGCGAAAAUCUUUAUAAAAUUCCGAUAAUCAUUACUAACAAAACUUAUGCCACUACUACUAGUACCACUAUAGCUCCGCUUAUAUUAAAUACACCCUUAAAUACUAAUAAAUUAGAAAAUUUGGCUGAGGACAGUUAUAAAAAAACGCUUGAUAGUCCUAUUAGUUAUAUUUUAAAUAGUUUUAAAUAUAAAGGUAAAGUAGGAGUGGAUUCAGCUAUAAUUAACUCUGUUGAAAAUUUUCAGAUAGCACCAAAACCUUUAAUUGAAUCUUCCGCUGAUAAUGAUGCGAAAAAUAAUAAAAAUAGUCCCAAUAACGCUGGUUUUCAACAACCUCCACCUCUGAAUAUGCCUGUUGGAUCUUCAUCUACGUCUACACAAUCCGGCAUUAAGAAUGAAAAACGUGCUUUAUCUGUGGCAAGUUUGUCUAGUCAAAAGGGUCUUCUGGGUGGGAGUACUUCAAGUAGUACAACAACUGCAAGUAAUCGGCUUAAAGAACCUGGCGUUCAUCCCAUAAAAGUAAAGCAAUUACCAAAAGGUGUAGCACCAGUUCCUGAAAAUUUUGAUGUUCUUUUAAAGAACAAUCAAGAUGAAAGUGACCCAUUGAAGGAUAAAACGAAGAAAGUAAGUGAUGAAGAAACAAAUGGAGAUGAUAAUGCGGGUGGAGAAACGAAAGAUACUGGUGAUUUAAAUGGGGCAAAUAAUCGAUACGCAAAUGUCGUUGACGAUUUUCCAAAUGCUGGUGUUGGACCAGAACCUGACUCAAAUAAAAAAGAUGAAGAAGAUAAUGCUGCUCAUGAAAUGAAAGACACGGAUUUUGGUGAAGAGGGAAAGGAUCAUUUACAACAGGCUUUAGAUAAUGUAAAUAAUGCCGCUGAAGAUGACAAUCAAAAUAACUUUUAUGAUACAAAAGUUGGUCACCAAAACAAAAAACAUGAUGGUUUAGAUUUGAUUGACAAUAUGGUAGAUGGCGAAAGUGAUAUAAUUGGUCAUUUACAUCAAAGUCGGAACAAACAUGAUCAUGGUGUUGGUAAUAAAGAUGAGGGAAUUUUAAAUGCGAAUGAUAAAUUAAUUAAUGAAGUUGUUGGGGAUCAAGGAAAAGAGCAAGCUUUUCCAGACGGAAUGCAUUUAGAAGAACAAAAUGAAGAAGACGAAGAUGAAGAUGAUUAUUCUAUGUUAGCAGCAAGAAAGCUUGUUGGAGCGGCAAUACGAAAUUAAAAAAAAAAAUAGUUGUUAAAAUCUCCAUGAAUUUAACUGUAAGAAUUUGUUUAACAAAUUUUAAUUCGGUAAUGAAAAUUAAUAUUUUGUAAAUAUUUUCUAUAUAAGAUAGAAUCCUUAUAAUUAUUUUUUAAAAUAUAAAAGAUAAUGGUAGAAAAGAAAAGUAAAUUGAAAGAAAUCAAUAUUUUAUAUGAUUCAUGAGCAAUUUAGGAAAUUUUAAAUUGAAAAAUAAUUUUUUUUAUGGUCUCUUCAAAUUGGUAUUAUUUUCAUUUAACAAUUUUCAUCUAACUUUCUAUAUGUGAGAGAUUUCGGUUUUCUGUGAUAUUAUUAUUUAUUUUACAUAUGUUUUAAAAUAAUGUAAAAAAGAAUUUGUAACAUGGUUUGUCCUUUUGUAUACAUGUGCUUUUAAAUUAAUUUUAUUUACCAUUUUAUUUUAAUUUAUUAAAUUCACAUUUUUUUUUAAUCGCACUUUUCUGAAAGUAUAAAAAUAAAAAGAGGAACAAAAAAACGUAUAAACUAAAAAUUGUUUUUAGGACUUAAAUUUCGGUAAUAGCUAUUUGUUGUAAUAAAGAUAGACUUUUGAGGAAAUCGUUAGAUACGCACAAAUAUACAAAUUUUAAAAUCUAUUCUAAUAUUGUUUCACUUUAUUUAUUUCUCCAAAUAUUCUUCAAAAUUAAUGAUUUCAUCUUGUAUUAUAGGCUAAAUAAUUUUUUUUUCUUAAUUUUUCUUAAUUUAAAAGGUAAGUCUAAGAAGUAUCUAAUUUUCAAAUUGUGUUUGUUUUUGAUACUAUAUUCUCUUAACUAUUACAGAAUCAAAAAUUAAAUAUUUAUAUAUAUAUUUGGUGUAUUACAAU